AUGGACAAGAUCACUGGGGUUUCCGAAGAUGUAUUGCUAGUGAAGAUUCUAUCGUUUCUUCCAACGAAAGAUGCUGUAAGCACAAGUGUUUUGUCCAAGCAAUGGAAGUAUCUUUGGAAGCGGAUGGUAAACCUUGAGUACGAUGACACUCUGAUCAAAACUAAACCAACUAUAUACCAUAAGAGGUUCCGGCGUUUUGUUAAAAGAAAUUUACAAAUAGAUAGAGAAUCUGACUUAGAAAGCUUGUCUCUCAAGUUUAGUACUAUGCCUUUUCAAACAGAGGAUAUCGAAUCGUGGGUUCGAUUCGCAGUUUCUCGCGGCGUACGUCACGUGAGUAUUGCCUAUUCUGCUGUUAAGAAGUGGCAUACAUUGCCGAUGCCGUUUCACUUGUGUACUUGCAAAACGCUAGUUUCCUUGAAACUAGAAGCGGAUAUUUCAAUAUUUCAUUAUGUGGUUUGUCUUCCCUCUCUCAAAACUUUGCAACUUCAAAGUGUGAAUAUAGGGCAAGGUAGUCUUCAACGACUUCUAUCUAGUUGCCCUGUUCUUGAGAAUCUGACUUUGAGAUUUAUUCAUCAAAAAUGUUACGGCUGCAAUGAAAAGAAUGGUGUUAUCGUCCCGUCUCUCCUGAGUUUAUCCCUUGAGAUAAUAAAUGAUGUCACUGAUCAUCGAUAUGAGACACGUGGUCAUUAUGAUGGAUAUGUGAUAGAUACUCCUUCUUUGAGGUACUUAAAAUUUAAUGAUCGUUAUAAUCGUGCCUCUUCUUACCUUGAAAACAUGCCUAAACUGGAGGAAGCAUAUAUCGAUACUGUAUCCCCUAGCACCAGGAAGUUACUCGAACCAAUCGCAUCCGUCAAGCGUCUUUCAUUAUGCUUAACAGUCAGUGCACAGGAUGUGUAUUCGGGUGGAAUUGUCUUUCAUCAGCUUGAACAUCUUAAGCUAUGUACAUGCAAUACAUAUUGGUCAACUUUACUUAUCCAUUUGCUCGAAGAUUCUCCUAAACUACGAGUCCUCGAGCUCUAUGUCCGUGAUCAUGUACCUAUCAGUAUGGCUCCAAAGGUUUACUGGAAGGAUCAAGUGAGUUGUGUUCCUCAAUGUUUUGCGAAGAGCCUCGAAAUUUUCAAGUGGACAGGAUACGAAGGAAGACAAGAAGAAAUAGAUGUGGCGGCAUAUAUCUUGAACAAUGCUCAUUGCUUAAAGACUGCGACAAUCUUGGCUGAUGAGUUAAUAAUUGAUCCUCAUACAUAUAGGAAACGAAAGAUGAUUAAUGAGUUGCUAACUUCUUCCCUCGCUUCAGCCACAUGCAAGCUCACGUUUACUAAAUGUAAAAUUCAGCUGAAAAAAUCAGCAAAAAUCUUGAAUUAUCAGAUGGAUCAUUAUGUCAACAUCAGUGAUCUUCCUGAAGAUCUGCUCCUAAACAUAUUGUCUUUACUUCCAACAAAAGAUAUUGUUGCCACAAGUGGUGUAUCGAAACGAUGGAGAUAUCUCUGGAAGAAGGUACAUAAACUCAGGUUCAAUGAUCAAAUCUACGAAGGUAAAAAGUACGAGACCUUCCUUCACUUUGUUGAGAAAGCUUUGUUAUUACAUAAGGCUCUUCUAGCAAGCCUCACAUUCAGAGUUGGUCCAAAGUGUACCGCUGAUGAUAUUGGAUUGUGGAUUAGACUGGCCCUGGAUCGAAAUAUCAGCGAGCUAAUUAUCAAACGUUAUCGGGAUCAUGGACACAUCACGUUAUCUAGGAGACUAUGCAACAGCACAAGCCUUGUUUCCUUAAAACUCAAGAAUGCUAUUCUCGAGACUAUUUCUCUCCCAGCAUGUUUCAGUUCACUCAAAACGCUUCACCUUGUAUAUGUGAAGUAUUCAGGGGAUGAAUAUGUUCGUAGUCUGUUAUCAAGCUGCCCUUCACUUCAAAAUCUUGUCGUGAAACGACACAAUGAAGACAAUGUCAAGAGAUUCAUUAUUAUAGUGCGAUACUUACAGAGUUUGACGAUGUACUUAUCCCCGCUACAUUAUGUGGCGGAUUCAGAUGUGUAUUACAUAAACACACCUAAUUUGAAGUACUUGAACAUUAAAGAUCAUUGCACUGAGCAAUACUCUUUUGAAGAUAUGCCUUACCUUGAAGAGGCUUACCUCGACGUUGCCUUCACCCAUUCUGAGAAGUUUUUUGAAUCUCUUUCCUCUGUCAAGAAACUUUCGUUAUGCUUAAAGAAAUCAAAUGAUCAGUAUCUUGAGGGUGUUAUCUUCUCUCAGCUUGUUCAUUUGGAGCUGUGUACAUGUGAUGAUUCAAAGUGGUUGAAUCUACUUGCGAAGUUGCUUCAAAAUUCUCCUAAACUUCGAGUGCUCAAGCUUAACGAUAAGCAGAACCAUAACGUUGGCAAGUAUUGCUCUUCUUCGUGGAACCAGGAACCUAGUUAUGUUCCAGAAUGUUUGACUAAAACUCUUGAAGUUUUCGAGUGGGGAAACUAUAAAGCAACAUUCAAAGAGAGAGAUAUUGCGGUGUAUGUCUUGAAGAAUAGUCUUUGCUUAAAGAGGUUGGUAAUCUCCCCCAAAUUAAACAUUUCAGAAGGGAUUAUUUGUGAUCAUCAGAUUAUCAAAGAAGACUUAGCCUCUCUGUUCCUUGGCUCGAGUUCUUGUGAACUUAAAUUCGUCUGAGAGUACUCAACAUGUUUCUUUCAUAAGUAUGCUGUCUGGUUCCUUUGUUUUAAUUUUAGUAUGUAAUUACUCUGCUUUCAACAGUUCUCUGUUUUGUUUCUUGAGAUAAUCAUUAAUCCAUAGAGAUUGAGAGUUAAAGUAUGACGCAAAAUUCUGGAUCUUCA